UGGGCAGCCUGCGGUUGCAGGGCUCCCCUUGGGUUUGGGGAGACAGGGUAGCGUUCAUGGUUCUCCCUGGUGCCAUUGACUGUUCGACUAGAUCUUUCAGAUCUGGAGGCACAAGCAGCGGGUGACAGAAGAGUGCCCCCUCCCCCCCAGGCGGAUGGGGGUGGGGAGAGGAGAAGGGACUCGGCUAGGGGAAGGAGGCUGGGAGGCAGCUGCAGUGCCGUGAGGGGUGCGUGCGCGUGUGCCAAGCUUGCCCGCCGCCUCCAGGCUCAGUCUGUGCUCUUCGGCGUUUGGGGCACAGGGUCCCAAGGGCCAGGGAGCAGGAGCAGUGCCCCUCGCCUGGCCUUGCCUUCGCAGGGCAUCCGGUCGUCCCCGGGCGGAGCGCACGGGGCGGGGCGCAAGACCCGGGCCGCUCUCCCCGCCCCCUCCCCGCCGCUCGCGCCCAGCCUGGCUCCCUCUCCAUUGAGUUUUCCCAGCGCCAGCGCCCAUCAAUGGUCCUGCUCUGGGAUGCACUCGCAGCUCACGGCCGGAGGGGGGUAGCAGCCGCCGCCUCCAGGUGCAGGCUCUGCCCGGCCGCCGCCACCACCGCCGCCGCUGCCACCAGAGCCCCAGGCGCGCUGAGGUCCCCGCGAUGGGGCUGCUGAGGCUGCCGUUGCUGGCGUGAGAAGGGGCAACAAAGUCGCCCGGCUCUGGGAUCUCCCGCUGCCUGCAUGGAUGUCUUCAGCUUUGUGAAGAUUGCAAAGCUCUCGAGGCACUCUGCUGUUUUAUGAGACAGGCAUUAGUGUCCCCACUUACAGUUAAGGAAACUGAGGCACAGAACAGUUCAGUGGCAUGAGGUCACACAGCUGCCACAGAACGAAGUCUUCAGGCUGGCCACCUCCCUCAGGAACCUGGGGCUUGAACCAGGUGCCACCCUAUGGAUGGGAGAUGAUGACAAACCGAGAUGGGCGAGACUACUUCAUCAAUCACAUGACACAGGCAAUUCCAUUUGAUGACCCUCGGUUAGAAAGCUGCCAAAUCAUCCCUCCAGCUCCCCGGAAGGUGGAGAUGAGGAGAGACCCUGUACUGGGUUUUGGUUUUGUGGCAGGGAGUGAAAAACCAGUGGUCGUUCGCUCAGUAACACCAGGUGGCCCCUCAGAAGGCAAACUGAUCCCAGGAGAUCAGAUUGUAAUGAUUAAUGAUGAGCCAGUAAGUGCUGCACCCAGGGAGCGGGUCAUCGACCUGGUCAGAAGCUGCAAAGAAUCAAUACUCCUCACUGUCAUUCAGCCUUACCCUUCUCCCAAAUCAGCAUUUAUUAGUGCUGCAAAAAAGGCAAGAUUAAAGUCCAAUCCUGUCAAAGUACGAUUCUCUGAGGAGGUAAUCAUCAACGGCCAAGUGUCGGAAACUGUUAAGGACAAUUCACUUCUUUUUAUGCCAAAUGUUUUGAAAGUCUAUCUGGAAAAUGGGCAGACCAAAUCAUUCCGCUUUGACUGCAGCACCUCCAUCAAGGAUGUCAUCUUAACCCUUCAAGAGAAGCUCUCCAUCAAAGGCAUCGAGCACUUCUCCCUCAUGCUGGAGCAGAGGACAGAAGGGGCUGGCACCAAGCUGCUCUUACUUCAUGAACAGGAGACACUUACUCAGGUGACACAGAGGCCCUGUUCCCAUAAGAUGAGGUGUCUUUUCCGAAUUAGCUUUGUCCCAAAGGAUCCAAUUGACCUGUUAAGGAGAGAUCCAGUUGCUUUUGAGUAUCUCUAUGUUCAGAGCUGUAACGAUGUGGUUCAGGAGCGAUUUGGGCCGGAGCUGAAAUACGACAUAGCCCUGCGGCUGGCCGCCUUACAAAUGUACAUCGCAACAGUUACCACCAAGCAGACGCAGAAAAUAUCGCUCAAAUACAUCGAGAAAGAAUGGGGAUUAGAGACUUUUCUUCCCUCUGCUGUGCUGCAAAGCAUGAAAGAGAAGAACAUAAAGAAAGCACUUUCACACCUUGUCAAAGCAAAUCAAAACUUGGUACCACCGGGUAAAAAGCUCUCUGCACUACAAGCCAAGGUUCACUAUCUCAAGUUCCUCAGUGACCUGCGACUGUAUGGGGGCCGUGUGUUCAAGGCAACGUUAGUGCAGGCAGAAAAGCGCUCAGAAGUGACUCUCCUGGUUGGGCCACGGUAUGGCAUAAGCCAUGUCAUAAACACCAAAACCAAUCUGGUGGCACUUUUAGCUGACUUCAGCCAUGUCAACAGGAUCGAAAUGUUUACUGAAGAGGAGAACUUGGUGAGGGUGGAGCUCCAUGUGCUAGAUGUGAAGCCUAUCACACUCCUGAUGGAAUCCUCAGAUGCCAUGAACCUGGCCUGCUUGACAGCUGGAUACUACAGGCUGCUGGUAGAUUCCAGGAGGUCGAUAUUUAACAUGGCCAACAAGAAAAAUGCAGGGACCCAAGACACAGGAGCUGAAAAUAAAGGAAAGCCUAACCUCCUUGGCCCAGAUUGGAACUGUAUGCCUCAAAUGACCACCUUCAUUGGCGAAGGGGAACAAGAAGCUCAGAUAACAUAUAUAGACUCAAAACAGAAGACAGUUGAGAUUACAGACAGCACCAUGUGUCCAAAGGACCACCGGCACUUGUAUAUAGACAACACCUAUAAUCCAGAUGAACUUAACCAGCAGUUGACCCAGCCUGGUGAUGCUCCCUGUGAGGCAGACUACAGAAGUCUAGCCCAGAGGUCCCUGAUGUCCCUCUCAGGACCAGAAACUUUAAAGAAAGCACAGGAAUCUCCGAGAGGAGCUAAAGUGUCCUUUAUUUUUGGAGAUCUUGCCUUGGAUGAUGGUAUGAGUCCCCCAACUCUUGGCUAUGAGAGACUGUUAGAUGAGAGUCCAGAAAUGCUGGAGAAGCAGAAGAAUCUCUACAUCAGCAGUGCCAAUGACAUGAAGAACCUGGAUCUCGCUCCAGACACAGAGAGCAUCCAGUUUGUGGCAAAUUCUGUUUAUGCAAACAUAGGUGAUGUGAAAAAUUUUGAGGCCCCUGAGGGGAUAGAGGAGCCCCUCUUGCAUGACAUCUGUUAUGCAGAAAACACUGAUGAUGCAGAGGACGAGGAUGAGGUAAGCUGUGAGGAGGACCUUGUGGUGGGCGAGAUGAACCAGCCAGCCAUCCUCAACAUGUCUGGGUCAAGUGAUGACAUCAUUGACCUCACGUCCCUGCCUCCUCCGGAAGGUGAUGACAAUGAGGAUGACUUCCUGUUACGUUCCUUGAACAUGGCCAUUGCUGCACCCCCACCUGGCUUUAGAGACAGUUCUGAUGAGGAGGACACUCAGAGCCAGGCAACGUCCUUCCGUGAAGACAAGGAGCAAAGCAGCAGCCUGCAAAACGAUGAGAUCCCCGUGUCCCUCAUCGAUGCUGUGCCCACUAGUGCUGAGGGAAAGUGUGAGAAGGGAUUGGAUAAUGCUGUCGUUUCCACGCUGGAAGCUCUAGAAGCUCUAUCUGUUUCAGAAGAACAGCAGACCAGUGACAAUUCAGGUGUAGCCAUCUUGCGGGCUUAUAGUCCUGAGUCUUCGUCAGACUCAGGCAAUGAAACUAAUUCUUCUGAAAUGACUGAGAGUUCUGAACUGGCCGCAGCACAAAAGCAGUCAGAGAGCCUCUCCCGCAUGUUCUUGGCCACUCAUGAAGGCUACCACCCCCUCGCAGAAGAGCAGACAGAGUUUCCCACCUCCAAAGCUCCUGCAGGGGCCUUGCCUCCAAAGUCCUCCCACAGCCUGGCUGCUCGCCCAGUGACCGACCUUCCGUCCAAAGUUGUGCCUUCCAAGCAGAUACUUCACUCGGACCACAUGGAGAUGGAGCCUGAAACCAUGGAGACCAAGUCGGUCACUGACUAUUUUAGUAAACUGCACAUGGGGUCGGUGGUAUAUUCAUGCACCAGCAAAAGGAAAAGCAAGCUGGCUGAGGGGGAGGGGAAAGUCCCCACAAGUGGAAACAUGCCAGGAAAAAAACAGCAGGGAACCAAAAUGACAGAGAUGGAAGAGGACGCCAAAGGGAAAUUUGGUACUGUGUCUUCGAGGGACAGUCAACACCUCAGCACUUUUAAUCUAGAGAGAACUGCCUUUCGCAAGGACAGCCAAAGAUGGUAUGUGGCUACUGAAGGUGGGGUCACAGAGAAAGGUGGACUGGAAGCAGCAGCUGGGCAAGCCUUUCCCAGAGCUUCUGGUCUUGGGGCAAGGGAGGCCGAAGGGAAAGAGGAAGGGGCUCUUGAUGGAGAAGUGAAUGAUGUUUCAGGACUUGGUCAAGGGGACCGCUUCUUAACAGAUGUGGCCUGUGUGUCUUCAGCCAAAGACUUAGAUAACCCAGAGGAUGCUGACUCACCCACCUGUGACCAUUCCUCCAAGCUUCCAGAGGCGGAAGAGGGUGUGGCCCGCCUUUGUGAUUACCACUUGGCCAAGCGGAUGUCAUCCCUGCAGAGUGAGGGCCAUUUUUCUCUACAGAGCUCUCAAGGCUCUUCAGUGGACACAGGCUGUGGUCCAGGCAGCAGCGGCAGUGCCUGUGCCACUCCUGUGGAGUCGCCCCUCUGCCCCUCCAUGGGAAAGCACUUGAUUCCAGAUGCUUCUGGGAAAGGCGUGAGUUAUAUUCCUUCAGAGGAGAGAGCCACUGGCCUUCCCAACCAUGGAGCCAACUUUAAGGAACUGCACCCACAGGCAGAAGGGAUGUGUCCGCGGAUGACAGUGCCUGCUCUGCACACAGCCAUUAAUGCCGAUCCCUUGUUUGGCACUUUGAGAGAUGGAUGCCAUCGGCUCCCCAAAAUUAAGGAAACCACAGCUUUGACAGAGCCUGGGAAGGAGAGACAAGGAGGCAUGCCUUCAGCUUGGUCUCAACAUCCUGAAGUUGAUCCCAUCCUGCUACCAUCAAACAUUCACUCGGAAUCAAAGGUGCCAAUUCCAAAUCAAGAUCCUAAUGAUUUCUCCCAAGCAAAUCAGGCAUACGGAGAGUCUGUGAGCUGGCGGCCACCGGAUCUGAGAGGGGGGAGCCUCAGGACACCCCCCAGCCAGAGGGCUCUCAGGCAUAGCAGCAGUAUCCUCUCAGGAUCCAUAGCAUUGGAGACCUUCCGAGAGAGAACCAAGGGUGCAGUCAGCUUGAAGUAUCCAGGUAUCACAGAAGCACAGGAGGCCGGUUCAGAAAGGCGAGCAGAACUCCCUCUGGGGAAGAAGCUCACCAAGAGUUUUUCCCAAAGCUCAAUGCACUUUAGCCCUGAGGGGAAGUGUCACAAAAGGUCCCCAGUGGUUCACAAAGACUCAAAGCAGUAUAGGACAUUACCCUUGCGGAAGAUAGAGGGCAGCAGUUGGAGGUGCCGAGGACCUUUCAGCUACUGUUUCCUUAACCGAGGGCAGGAUGAAGAUGGUGAUGAAGAAGAAGAGGAGGGAGAGGCCACCCUUCGGGUCUCUUGCCUCUAUCCACCCCAGAUGACUCACGCCAUGCCAGAACCAACCAGUCCAUCCCUGGCUGUUGGGAUUUGGAAGAAAGGAGGGGAGCUAACCAGAGGGUCAGUGCUGAAAGUCUGGUCAGAAGACCUGAAUGGCCCAGAUGACUUGGACUUCAGCAAUCUGGCUUUUGAUGCCCGGAUUGCAAGAAUAAGUGCACUAAAGGAGAGCACAUACACAAUGCCUGAUGGGUUCCUUGCAGCCCAAAAUGAUGCCAAUGAGCUGCUUUGCCUUGUCAGGGCAACUAAGGGGAAGAGAGAGGAGUCACGCCCUGAAACAUAUGACCUUACACUUUCUCAGUACAAGCAACUGUUAUCCAUCGAGUCCAGACAGUUGGGAAGUGCCUGUAGGAAAAUGGCGAUGGCCGAGAAAAGUCCAGAGGAGAUGCUUCUAGCUAUGACUUCCAGCUUUCAAGUGCUCUGUUGCCUAACAGAAGCUUGCAUGCGAUUAGUUAAAGUCGUGAACUCAGAAACACAGCGGCAGGAAAUUGUAGCAAAGAUCGAUGAAGUGGUCAUAAACUACAUAUGUCUCCUGAAAGCUGCAGAGGCAGCCACUGGAAAGACCACUGGGGAUCCUAAUAUUGGACUCUCAACACGACAUUCAACCACCAUGGCCGCUCUAGUAAGCACACUAACACGUUCUCUCAAGAUGCUUUUAAAUAAAUAAAUAAAUAAAUAAAUAAAUAUGAAAGUCACGUCAUAAUCUACCUUUGCAAAGCCAUACAUGAACUUUUAUUUACUUUAUGUGUACGAUGAACAGAUGUCUCCUUUCUUCUCUCUGUAUAUUUUGUUAUUUUAUAUAAAAUAGGAGAUAAAAGUUACAUUGAUGAAAUGUUGAAACGUCCUUAUCAAAUGUAUUCUGUUUAUAUUAUACAUAUAUAUAUACACAUGUAAAAGAAAUAUACGAGAAAGUGAUGACAUUUGGCUAUUUUUCAUAUAGCCAAAACUCCAGGUAUAUGAUGUGAAAUUUUAAAUUCUACCAUGUUAGAACAAAACAAGAAUCCUAUCCCCUCUCUUUCCAAGCAGAUACUUGGAGACCAUAUCAUUCAUAUUUAGAAGUAAAAACCAAAAGCAAAAAUAGAAAAGAAAUCACAAUGUAUAUAAACAGUACUUAUGUUUUAAAAUUAUGAUUUUUAAGCAUUGGAAAUAGCGAAAAGACAUUUAAAAUUCGAGAAGCUAUUAUAAAUUACUAUAGAAUAUAUAUAAUAAAUUAAUUUUUUGCUCAUAGUGUUUGGUUAUUGGAUGCUUUCUUCCAACAAUCCCACAUAUUUAAUUUUGGUUUAUGCUAUUUGGGCUGCAGAUGGGGGGGGUGGAUACUGCUGUGUCAACACAAAUGCUCUUCACAGUGCUUCUAGAAUUUAAAAAAAAAAUCCCAUAUAGAAGGACAGAGAAAAUGAUGGGCAUGUUCCUAGGUAGAAUUAUGGAUUAUCUAAUUGCACAAAAUGAAUGGAAUCAAUAAUGCCAAAAUUGAAUACUGUAGUGAAUAACAAGUUCUGCUUUGACUAAAUGUCAAAAUACAUAAACCAAAGACUAUCUUCCCCUCACCCUGAUUCAUCCAUGAAGCUCAAAAUUUUAUUUAGAGUCACAGGUCAUUUGGUAAAGUAUUUGCAAAAUUACAAAAAAAAAUGGUCAUGAAAAGUAAGCACAGACUCAGUAAUGUAAACCAGACCACACAGUAGCGCCUGUGAGUGAGACACAUUUCAGCUCUCAGCAAGACUGUGCACAGCACCUCCUCUACAGGGGUCAAGAUUGCCAAUCAGCCUAAUACCAGGACAGAAUUUCAAAUCUGGAAUGCUCCAGAAAACCCAGGAGAGAUGGCUACUCUAAUAGUAGAAGCCAUGAUUAAAUAAAUAGUAUUUAUUAAGUACAUACUUAUCUGGUAUUUGUCUAACAUGCACAAGGCCCUGGGUUCAAUCCCCAGCACCAAAAAAAGAAAAAAAAAAGUAUUUAAUCUGGAUUGGCUGAUAGAAAUAAGAAAUCUGAAAGCAAAAAAAAAAAAAA